AUGGAGAUGAACGAGCAGGGCGCCAUGCUCCCCAGGCUGCAGCAAAGCGAAAACAUCUUUGAGACUCAGCGCCGGUUCUUCAUCAUGAUCAACAGACAUCUGCUGCCUGCGGCUUCGGCCGACCUCAGCGCAGUGGAUGAUGCCACUCUCGUGGAUCUCCCGGGCCUCACCACAAUUGAGCAGAAGAGGAGACUGCAAGACCCAGACGCUGUCCAAGACAGCAAGGCACCGCCUACACAGGAGGCCAGCGAGACGAAGCCUCCUCAAGCUGCCGAAGGUGUUGCCCUGCCGCAACCUGCGGCAGCUGAGGACACAGUUUCCUCUUCCAAGGCCGCGUCGAAGAGCGCAGACGCGGCAGGGACACCUGAGACCCCUCAGGAGUUAGCCUCCAGCAAAGAGAAAGCCACCGAAAGCACGGCAAAAAAGACGCCGGCCAAGCAGAAGGAGGCCAGCAAGACAAAGCCUGCCAAAGCUGCCGACAGUGUUGCCCUGCCGCAACCUGCGGCAGCUGAGGACAAAGCUUCCUCUUCGAAGGCCGCGUCGAAGAACGCAGACGCGGCAAGGACACCCGAGACCCUUCAGGAGUUAGCCUCCAGCAAAGAGAAAGCCACCGAAAGCACGGCAAAAAAGGCGCCGGCCAAGCAGAAGGAGGUAAGCAAGACAAAGCCUGCCAAAGCUGCCGACAGUGUUGCCCUGCCGCAACCUGCGGCAGCUGAGGACAAAGCUUCCUCUUCGAAGGCCGCGUCGAAGAACGCAGACGCGGCAAGGACACCCGAGACCCUUCAGGAGUUAGCCUCCAGCAAAGAGAAAGCCACCGAAAGCACGGCAAAAAAGGCGCCGGCCAAGCAGAAGGAGGUAAGCAAGACAAAGCCUGCCAAAGCUGCCGACAGUGUUGACAAAGCUUCCUCUUCUAAGACUGCGCCAGCAGCAGAAGCGCCGAAACCGGCGAAGAACGCGGACGCGUCAGGGGCUCCUCAGGAGCCGGCCUCGAGCCCAGAGAAGACCGUUGCAACGCCACCCAAGGCAACAAGCGCAAAGAGCACCAAGAAGGAAGAACUUGCGGCGUCGAACGAAAAGAGGAGGGAUGUGGAGGUGGAGAGCACCGGAGCCGAAAGCGCUGAGCAGACACAAGGGGAUCCCGUCUACACCAGGAGCUUCGAAGCCGACGUUCGGAAUAUUCUGGCUGGCAAGGUCAACCUGGAGACAGAGCAGGAGGAGGCGCCCUCCCCGGCCAAGCCUUCCAAGAAGAAGCAGACAGCCGCGAAAAAGGUACAGGAGACUGAGGAGCAUCUCGAGUCGCUGCUCGAAAGGAAGGUCAAGCUUAUUGCCGUGGCAUUGGUGGGUGACCUGCACCGCAACGGUCGCAUCGAGACGGUGAUGGUCUGUGAGGCGGCCCAAGGUCGUUCUUCGGUUGUCGUUUCCAAGGAUCUCCUGAAAGGAAGCCGAGUCCGACAAGCACUCAAGCAGCUCCUGGAAGCGAAAGAGGUAGUGAAGGUGAUGCACGAUUGCCGCAUGGCCGCGGAUGCCCUCGGCUCUUUGUUGGACAUUCAGCUGUGUAGCGUCUUUGACACAGCAAUCGCCUGGCAAAUGCUGCAAGAGACGGACCCCUCAUCCAGCACGGAGUCUACAAUUUUUCCGGUCUUGCAGAAGUUUGCACCGUUGGCUGCCAGAGAGGUAAAAGCGGUGCAGGACAGAAAGAAGAAGGCCAAGAAAGCAGUGCAGCUCAACAAAGAGCAGGCAAUUUUCAGUCUGCUGGGCCUGAAAGAUGAGCAACCGUCUUUGGACAAAGACCAGUUGGAGGCCAUUCGGUUCUUGGAGCUGAAGGGUUUGCUGACCGCGUCUCUUGCCAUGGGCCACAUGCUGGAGGGCCAGUCGCGAACCUUCAAUCAGCUCUGCCAAAAAGGACUGUCAGAAUUCCGGGCAUGGCCCGGCCAGCAUGUGAUGACACUGCCGCGAGGUCGCAGGGUUCCCUUCAGUUUUGAGAAGCACCGGCUCGUGUGCCAUCUCAAUGGGAGCGAGAAAGAGUUGAAGCAAAUGAUCCAGCAAGUACAGGAGGAGAAGGUGCGAGAGGCCACAGAGGCAGCUGCAGAAAUCGAGCCUCUCCUGCGCAUCUUGCCCGAGCCUAUCCUUGAGGUAGUCCAGCGCCACAUCAAAGAGGUUGACAGCAACCCGAUGGAGAUCGUUAUCAGCGUGGGCCGCCCCCUGGAGUUCCGGUGGAAAGAAAUGGGUGAGCGGCAGAUGCGCAGCGACUUUCUCGGUGAGCCGGCCACCAAGGAGAACGUGGAGCUGGUCGUGCAGCGCAUUGGCAAGAAGAACUUCACAAUUCAGGACCGGGCCGGAAUUGACGGCACCCUGCACCGCAUCUCUGCUGCCCGAAACCAGUCCGGUGAAGUGGUCACGCUGAUCAUGCGAGUGGGACGAGCAUCUUCUAUUCUCGCUGGGCUCCUUGAGGACAUCCUCUUGGACUCCAAGUCCAUCCUCAUGCUGGGCCCUCCUGGAGUGGGGAAGACGACCCUGCUGCGUGCUUGCGCCGCCACCAUGUCCAAAACGCGCCCAACAGUUAUUGUGGAUCCGGCCGGCGAGAUCGCUGGGUGUGGCGACCAACCGCACAAGGCGGUGGGGAGAGCGUUGAAAGACAUGGCAUAUUCGCGCAGCAUGAGGACGAGAAGCGAGGCUCGCCGGGAGGCCAUGACCCGUGUUCUCGAGAACAUGACGCCGAAAGUCCUCGUCGUCGACGAGAUUGGCACGAAGGGAGAAGCGCAAGCUGCUCGCACAAUCGGAGAGCGAGGUGUUCAGCUGGUGGCCACUGCGCACGGCCACAACCUUUCUGACCUGCUCUCCAACACUGACCUCCGGGACUUGGCGGGCGGAAUUGCGACCUCCACAGUAGGCGAUGCCAACGAACGAUACAAAGCCUCUGGGAGAAAGACGGUGUCGGAAAGGUCCUGUCGACCUGUGUUCUCUGCGCUGAUCGAGAUCAGGAGCCCGCUGUCAGUCGCCAUACACACGGAUCUCGCUCGAUCUGUGGAUGUUGCCCUGAUGGGCCGCUCCUUAACAGUUCAGGUUCGCUCACGUGAUGAAGAGGGACAGAUGUGGGUGGAGUGGCAAAGGAUGUGA